AUGUUCAAAAACAAAGAUGUAAAAGAAAACUUACCUCAGUAUGUAACUCAUGAUGAGCGAGAAAAAGCACUUACUACAUGUAUCAAGCUUUCACAGCAACUUGAGUUUCCAGAAGAAAUCGAAGCUUUGAGAAAUCGUCAACCACUUAAGAAAAGAAGUCGAAUACUGUCACUUACACCCUUUCUUGAUGAAAAAGAAGUACUCAGAGUUGGAGGAAGAUUGAAACAUGCAGAUUUAGAGUUCCUGAGCAAACAUCCUGUCAUUCUGUCUAAGAACAAUGUACUGCUACCACUUUUACUCGAUGACGCACACAAGAAGACAUUGCAUGGAGGCCCGCAACUUAUGACAAUAUACUUGAGAGGAAGAUACUGGCUGAUUGACGCAGGAAAUACUAUCAAGAAGUAUGUUAGAAACUGCUUUCCUUGCGCUAAACAAAAAGCGAAAACUGUAACUCAACUGAUGGGCGAUUUACCUGAAAUAAGAGUUAAGCCAUCAAGAGCAUUUCUUACUACAGGUGUAGAUUUCGCAGGUCCAGUCAACGUGCGCAUGAGCCCUGGACGAGGAACGAAAACGUUCAAAGCAUACAUAUGUAUUUUCAUCUGCAUGGUAACUAAAGCUAUACACAUAGAAUGUGUGAGUAACAUGACAAUGGAAGCGUUCAUGGCUGCAUUUCGAAGAUUUACAUCACGAAGAGGAUUCGUCAAAGAGAUGUGGAGCGACCACGGUACUAAUUUCAUUGCAUCGAGCAAAGAAAUACUAGAGACUUGGAGACUUGGCAAAUCAACGAUCCCAGUUGAACUAGCAGCCUUACUAGACACUGAAGGUACCAAGUGGAAGUUCAUCCCUCCUGGAUCACCAAAUCACGGGGAUUAUGGGAAGCGGGGGUGA